AUGAAGAUGAAAAAAAUUUCUUCAAAGUUGGAUCCUAAUAGAACAUCCUCGUUAAAUCACAGAGGCUCUUCUAAAUCAACCUCAUCUCAACCUUCAUCAAGCACAACCGGUCCAGAAAUAGUCGUAUUCGAUGAAGCUUCUAAAAAAAAACAAAUUAAGCCUUCCACUGUUCACGAAUGGAAGUCUUUUAUGUCCUCGAAAAUUUCAAAGUUGAAAGACAAACCCGCUUCAAAAUUGCAAAAGAACGACGAAGAGGUCGAGGAGGAAGAGCUAAAUAGAAAGAACGACAAAGAGCUUCAGGAAUUAUUAGAAACCAGCAAAUUAUUGGAACUUUAUACUGCCGAUCGGUUAACCGGUAAAGAGCGUAGAAAAUAUAAUGAUAAGAAGAUAGUUGAAUUAGGAGCAAAGUCUCCAAAAAGUAUCAAGAUCCCAACGCCUAUUUCAUUGGGAAUCCAAUCGAAGC